CAUUCAGGACUUCGCUGACUUCAGUGCAACCUACUAGUGCAGCAUCAUGAGGCACAUGCUCGUGGCCGCCAGUCUGGUGGCUCUCUUGGCCUUCGCUUACGCCGAAGAAGCUAAGGAAGCAGAAAAAGAAGUGGCAGUGACCGAUAACAAGGAAGCUGCGGCGGACGACAAGAAGCACGAGAAACGAGGAGUGUUCGACAUCGGACUGGGCUACGGUCACGGCGGUCACGGAGGGUUCGGUGGUGGUUUCGAUGGCGGCUUUGGCGGCGGUUACGGUGGACACGACACCCACUCCCACAAGACCAUCACUGUGGUCAAGAACGUACCUGUUCCCUACCCCGUAGAGAAGCACAUCCCCUACCCGGUAGAGAAGAAGGUUCCUGUGCCCGUCAAGGUGCACGUUCCCGCACCCUACCCCGUCGUCAAACACGUUCCUUACCCAGUCAAAGAGAUCGUCAAGGUACCCGUGCAUGUGCCCCAACCCUACCCCGUUGAGAAGAAGGUACCUUACCCCGUCCAUGUGCCAGUAGACAGGCCCGUCCCCGUCAAGGUAUACGUACCUCAGCCCUACCCCGUUGAGAAGAAGGUGCACGUACCCGUCAAGGUCCAUGUGCCAGCUCCUUACCCAGUAGAAAAGAAGGUACCUUACCCCGUGAAGGUUCCAGUCCAUGUGCCUGCCCCAUACCCCGUGUACAAGGAAGUGCCUUACCCCGUCAAGGUCCCCGUUGACAGGCCUUACCCCGUGCACAUUCCCAAGCCUGUGCCUUACCCAGUUGAGAAGCCAGUGCCUUACCCCGUAGAGAAGCCCGUCCCCUACCCCGUCAAGGUCCCAGUCGACCGCCCCGUGCCUGUGCACGUUGAGAAGCCAGUGCCCUACCCCGUGAAGGUGCCCGUGCCAGCGCCUUACCCCGUCGAGAAGCACAUCCCCUACCCAGUGGAGAAGCCCGUGCCCUAUCCCGUAAAGGUGCCCGUCGACAGGCCCUACCCAGUCCACAUCGAGAAGCACGUGCCAGUCCAUGUUGAGAAGCCCGUGCCUUACCCAGUGAAAGUACCAGUCCCCGUUGUUAUCGGUCACGGACACGGCCACGAAUAUGGUCAUCAUGAUAGCUACUAAGGCUGCAGGGAGCAGACGUCUGAAUGUGAUACAUAAAUAUAAGCUUAGCACUAAUGCGAACGGGGGGCGUGAAAUACCCCAUAAUGGAUAGUGGUCGUGGUACCAGAUCCUAGGAACUCGUAUUCCACGACCCGCGAUCGAACGCACUGAACUAAAUACUCUAUUAGUCUACAAUUUUUUUGUUAUUUUUUUUUAAUCGGUUGAAGUUACGUUUGAGUUUAUGUACCUGUUAUUUUAAGACGGAAAAAUGAUGUUUUUGAAUUUCCCUUUAUUUUUUGGAUGAACGAACUGAUUGUGAAAAAUAAAUGGCCACGCCAAUUAUGGUAAUAAUUA